UUUCCUUCUAGACCAUGUUGCAGGCUAGUCCUAGACUACUAAAGGGCCUAUGACAGCUGCUAACAAGGCAAAUGGUGGAACUAGCGGAGGAACCGGAUGUACGCGAAGAAGGCAAGGAAGAGGAGCCACCGCGGGAAGUGGCAAACCUUCAGAGGGCCCCCGGGAUCUGGAAGAUCUAGAGAAGGCCUUCACAGACAUCCGGCUAAGUCUGCCAGACCGGGAAGGCGGAGAAGUCAUGAGGGCACCGCCUGGCACGAAACUGAGUUUCCAUGCGCUACCGGUAGGGAAACUGAAAGUCCAGAUUGGCACCCACCAUACGGAUGCACUGGUAGAUGGCGGGGCAAAAAUCACACUCAUUCGCAAGGACUUUGCAACAAUUGUUGGGUGCCCAAUCAACCAGGAGGUCACGGGGAGUGUCCGGGAAGCAGGUGGGGAAAUCCCCUUUUCCGACUAUGUUACCAAGUGCGCAGUUAAGGCCGGGGUUAGAGAGUCUAUAUGGUCGUUCCAACGAAUGACCGUCAUGGACGAAAUGGACCAUGACGUGAUCCUCGGGCGCCCGUGGUGUGCGAACGUAGAAAUGAUCGGGAUGCAUCUGCACGACGGCGCCUACAUGGUAGACAUAGAGGACCCGGUGACAGGACGAGGCGAGCUGCUUCGCCUUAUGGGAACCAGGGGAGACACGCCAAAAGGGAAGCUCGCAACUUGGUCACCCUCCUUUGAGGAGAGCGCUAGAAAGGGGGUUUUCGCACGCAUGGAAGGAAUGAGAGAGAGGGUGGAAAUUAUGAUUGAAGAGGCCUUUAGUAAGAAAGAAUGGGUCAAGAUGGGACUCCUGAUAAAGAAACGUAGGUCAGACGAAGACGCCCUGGGAGUCAUGGUAGUAGAGAAGGAAACAGAGGUGGAAUUGGGAGCCAGUUUGCCCAAGCACGGGGAGAUCCGGGAUAAGAAGGAUAAGGUCACACUAGAAAUCCCAGACUUAAUGCAGCUUGUCAAAGCAAUCAGGUACCACAAAGUGGCCGUUGACUCGGCCGCCCUCGCCCGCUUUGAGGAGAGGGUCCAAAAAGGCUAUUGCCUAAAUGGGGAGCUGGCUUACCUCUUCGGGAGGAGGUUUAUCCUGAGGAUAGACCCAACCAAUGUCGUCGGGGCCCUGAAGAACUAUAAGCCUAUAGACCCGACGGUUGGAAGAUGGGUAGGAUUUAUCUGGCAGUUCGAUUAUAAGAUUGAGCGCAUAGCCGGCCUUAGGAAUCAAGCAGACGGACUGAGCAGGGUGGCUCUCACACCCGAAGGGCUAGAAGAGGCAGAGCCGAUCGACGCGUUCCUCGACUACGAGGGCGGGACGCUGGUAGUAGACAGCGAGAUGGCCGGAACCACUUGCACAACUAGGGAGCUAUUGAUCAAAGCACUCGAAAAGGGGCCUCCGGCAGUGGUUGCCGAGUUAAGGGAAGGAACGGUCACCAGAGUUGGAAGGAUGGAAGAGAAGGACGCCUGGGGCAGUGUUGUGAAGCCCCGGGAUGAACAAAUCGCACUAGCCAUUGAGGGAGGCUGGAGAAGGGUUACGAGCAUGAUGGAGUCUCAGAAGCUGGAGAUGCAGCACUAUCAAGCCUAUUAGGUGGAUAAUAAUCAGACGGGUACUCAGGAAGAAGAGCAGUUCUUCCUCAUCAAGUCAUAUGAAGGUUUGUUCAGAGAAAUUGGGUUGCUACUGGUGGGAAACAAGGAACCCCACGAGGUAUAGAAGUCAGGCGGACCAAGAUGGCACCCAACAACAAGAACGAUAUUAAUCAAGCAAACAUCAAUGU